CGGGCACUGGCAGGAGGGGGCAGGGCGAAGCGAAGCGAAGGCCCCGGGGGAUCGAGAACGGUGGGAGAGAGCCAGGCUCGGCGGGGCGAGGCCCAGGCCCGGGCGGGGCGAUGGAGGAGGCGCUGCUCUCUACUCCCAUCAACCCCAACAACUUCCCCGCCAAGCUGUGGCGGCUGGUGAACAGCCCCCGCUACCGCUCGAUCCGCUGGGACGGCCGCGGCGAGGGGCUGCUCAUCGACCAGCCGCUCUUUGAGGCCGAACUGCUCAGCCCGCCGGGGCCGGGAGCCGGAGGCGGCGGUGGUGCCGCUGCCGGAGGGGCCAGCGUCGGGGGUGCUGGCGGUGGUGGUCUGGGGGCCACUGCGGCCGAACCCGAGCUCUUCAAAACCACCAACUUCACCAGCUUCAUCCGCCAACUCAACCUAUACGGCUUCCGCAAGGUGGUGCUGGGCGGGCCGGGCGCGGCGGGGCCCGGGGCCGGCGGCCCAGCGGGCGACGGGCCGCUGCACCAUUUCCACAGCCCGCACUUCCGCCGCGACCAGCCGCAGCUGCUCGUGCACCUCAAGCGGCUCACCAGUGCCAACAAGGCCAAGCUGGCGGCCGGCCUGGAGGUGCCCUGCCGCCCGCCCAACCGCUUCCAGCGGCUCCUCAUCACGUCCGCCUCCGCCUCGGCCUCCGCCUCGGCCUCCACCUCCCCACUGCAGCACCAGGACCCACCGCUGCCACCCGCAGGGUCCCGGCCCGAGCCGCACGGACCAGUGGCUGUAGGACAAUUUCACCGGUCAUUCCGGCGAGAUAGUUUGUCUCCUUAUUCCUACGUAUCAACUUCAUCCCACAACCACAGCACUUUCCCUCUGAAAGGUUUAGACCGGACCCCGAUUCCUCCUAGAACAUGGCAGAACUCCCUCGGAAUGCACCCUGGACAAGUGGAGACAUCUCCUAGUUUUUCAGAUAAAGGGGUUCCAUUUCCUGUACUGCAGAGAUUUCCAACCGAGGUUACCUAUACGUUGCAACCUAAUGCCACAUCUGUGCAUGUUCAACAAGGUACUCAAACAAUGGUCAGCUCCUCCCAAAAGUAUGGUAACUACACACCCUCAGCACAGUACUCCCAAGCCUACUAUCCAACAGCUGUGCUACAGUGCUGCUCUCCUUCUACCCACAUGGAUGCUUUAAGUAGUUGUGUUACUCCCACUGCCUCUUCCUAUGCACACUGCAACUACUUCCAGAAUCCUCCAAUGCAGUCUUCUUAUCCAGUUGAAUUUCUGCCUUCUAACUGGCCUUGCAGUGCUACUGAUGAAAAUAAAAAGACAGAAGUAAACCUAGAAGCUGUCUUUCAGAUAGUAGAUGAGUUGCAUUCCUCCCCUAAAUUAGAGAUGGUAAAGGUGGAGCCUGUUGAGAAUCAGUGCUCAACGUCUCAGUCUAACAGAAGCCAACAUAUCCUAGCUAAUUCAAACAAUACCAAUUCAUCUUCCACAAGUCAGGCUAGCCAACUGGAGCCACUUACUCCCGUAGGCUCAGAUAUUACAUCUUUUGUGGUCGGAACAGAACAAGCCAUUACCUGCUCUUUACCACAGUCACCUGAGUACAUCUAUACCAUCCACACACCUCAGCCUGUGGAAAAUAGCACUAUGCAGGAUUCUGCAGCUGUGCAACAAGCUCAUGUGAAACUGAAGGAGCAGCUAAGCCAUAAUCCAUCUCCAUCUUCUGUAGUAUUUGUGCAGGAAGGACUUCCAUUCAGCACACACCAGGUGGAUGCCAGUGUAAAAUGCCAGACCAAUCCAUCUGAGAAUAUCUUGCCUUCAGAACAGAUGGGAUUCCUCAUUUCAGAAAUGGGGCCUACUAGCAAGCCUAGUAAAGACACAGGUUUAUCUACUCCAGCCAGAUACAGAGAGCGAAGAAGCAACUCACAACAAGGAAAGUCUCCUGAUCUUCAUCUGCUGGUGGACGUGGCCUGCAAACAGGAGCACUUUCCAAAGGAGGAAGAAUUAAAAGAGUGA